CUCGAAGAAUACCAUGAUCGGUCAUGACGCAAUCCUUGUCGUCAUCGGCAAAUUCUCCAAAAUGGGACACUUCAUCCCGACACACACAACAGCAUGCACCGAGAAGAUGGCACAAUUGUUCGUUCGAUACAUCAUCUCCCAACAUGGCAUGCCAACCACACUCAUCUCUGACCGAGAUCCUAAGUUCACCAGCAAGUUCUGGAGGGAACUGAUGUCUCUGCUUGGGACUAAACUCGCCAUGUCAUCCGCCUAUCAUCCACAGACCGACGGAAAAACCGAACACCUCAACCAGAUUAUAGAGCAACUCCUCCGUACAGCAUGCAAGGACGAGAUUUCUAAAUGGGACUUGCAUCUGCCCGUCCUGGAGUUUGCAUACAAUAACGCUACCGACGCCGCUAUAGGACAGACACCAUUCUUCUUCUGUGACGGACGCCAACUACUCACCCCACAGAAACCAACACCACCAGCCAUAGGGGAGAAGUGAGAGCGUACGACCCCGUUACACUUCUUU